GACCCAUCCAGCAACCUGAAGCCGCACCUGAGGAACAAGAACGCCGACAUCCUCACCUCCCCCGACGUGGGACUCCUGAAACUGGCCUCGCCGGAACUGGAGCGGCUCAUCAUCCAGUCCAGCAACGGGUUAAUUACCACCACGCCGACCCCGACGCAGUUCCUCUGCCCCAAAAAUGUGACCGACGAGCAAGAGGGGUUCGCGGAAGGCUUUGUGAGAGCCCUGGCGGAACUGCACAACCAGAACACCAUGCCCAGCGUCACCUCCGCCCCUCAACCUGUUAACAGCGGCAUGGCACCUGUGUCCUCCAUGGCCGGCAACAGUAGUUUCAAUACGAAUUUGCACAGCGAGCCCCCGGUGUACGCCAACCUCAGCAACUUCAACCCCAACGCGCUCAACUCUGCACCGAACUACAACGCAAACAACAUGGGCUACGCACCUCAGCAUCACAUAAACCCCCAGAUGCCGGUGCAGCAUCCCAGGCUUCAGGCUCUGAAAGAAGAGCCUCAGACUGUACCUGAAAUGCCAGGGGAAACUCCUCCCCUGUCCCCUAUUGACAUGGAGUCACAGGAGAGAAUCAAAGCCGAGAGAAAACGCAUGAGAAACAGAAUUGCGGCAUCCAAAUGCCGGAAAAGGAAGUUGGAAAGGAUUGCCAGGUUGGAAGAAAAAGUGAAAACUUUGAAAGCCCAGAACUCAGAGCUGGCAUCCACUGCCAACAUGCUCAGAGAACAGGUUGCACAGCUUAAGCAGAAGGUCAUGAACCAUGUCAACAGUGGGUGCCAGCUAAUGCUAACACAGCAGUUGCAAACGUUUUGAAGAGACUGUCUUAAAUGAGAACUGUGAUAUUGUGGUAUAACUAAAACAAACAACAAAAGAAAACCCCCAAAGUGGCAGAUGCAUAAAGCUGAUGGGAAAAGCUGAAAGGCUGAAUCCUGCCUGUGCUCUGCAAAGCGCAUGUGUGGAAAGACUGGCGAGCCUUCAGCUCGAGUUGGUGGUGAAGUGGCCAGCACCGCUCUGAGAAGUGCUGUUCCUUGCUCAGAUGAGAUGUCAGAUCUUCGUUUAACAUUGACCAAGACCUGCAUGGACCUAACAUUCGAUGAUCAUUCAGUAUUAAAGGUUAAACUGCAAUAGAAACUGUAGAUUGCUUUAUGUAGUAUUACUUAAGAGAAAAAAAAAAAAGUGGGAGGGAGGUUUGUGGGAGGCUGAUAAACAAACAAAAAAAAGAACUAUUCUGCCUGCCUUCAAGUAAAUUGUGUAUGUACAUAUCUUUUUUUAUUUUAUUUUAUGAAAGUUGAUUAAUGUCAAUAAACUACUUCAUGACUUUGUAAGUUAUUUUUAUGUUGUUUAUUUGGGCACUGCCCAGUAUUGUUUGUAAAUAAGAGGCUUUUUUUUAGCACUCUGAGUUUACCAUUUGUAAUAAAGUAUAAUUUUUUAAUGUUUCUGUUUCUGGAAAAAUUCUAGAAGGUUCUAUUAUAUUUAAGAAAAAUAAAAUAAUUAAAAUGCA